AUGGUUAUGUUUGAAACGGAGGAGAAACCCCUGGACUCACCGAGGCCUUCAGACAAGUUCUCAGACGACUCCAUGGAAGGAACCGACCGUAACACCACCGCUGCGGUGAUCAGCGACUCGUCUGCAGCGGAGGCUCUGUCCGAGAACGACAGCGGAGUGGAACUGACCAAUGAGAACAGCCCCCUCACCCCCGCCCAGCCCCCCUCCCCCCUCUGCCCCAAGCUCAGCGGGGGGGCCCGGUCUCCUCAAGAUGUGAACUCCAGCGGUCGCAAGAAACCCAGGAAGAGGAGCCUGGAGGAGCAGUCAGAGGACUGCCAGAAGUCUCCCGAGUCUCGGCUGAGUCUGCGGCAGACGCCUCGUCCCAGGACCAUCUUUCAGGCAGGACAGACUCCAGGGAAGACCAGGAGACGGGGAAAACAUGACAGCAGCGUGGCUCUGAGUGAAGCCAGAGGCCCCGCAGCAGUGUCUGGUCCGGUCCCUCAGGUCCCUGAGAGUCCCAGUCUGGACCUGAUGGAGCAGGACUCGAAAGACUCGGCUCAAAGCAGCAGCUCCUCCAGCUCCGAACCACGCCUCGAGUAUAACGACAACAAAGGCUUCGGCAUCGGGGAGCUGGUUUGGGGGAAGAUCAAAGGGUUCUCGUGGUGGCCCGGGAUCGUGGUGACGUGGAGGAUCACCGGCAAACGCCACGCCAGCCACGGCAUGAGGUGGCUGCAGUGGUUUGGAGACGGGAAGUUCUCUGAGGUCUCUGCAGAUAAACUCGACUCCAUCACUGCUUUUCCUCGUUUCUUCAGCCAGGCGUCGUACACGAAGCUGGCCUCCUAUCGUCGGGCAGUUUUCCAAGUCCUGGAGAUGGCCAGUGUGCGUGCAGAGCAGACCUUCCCUCCCUGUGACUCGGACCCUGAGGAGCAGAUCAAAGCCCUGCUGGACUGGGCCAACGGAGGGUUCUUGCCCAAAGGCGCCGCGGGCCUCAAACCCCCACACGACGCAGAGCUCAAAGCCCUGUACCACCAUGUCCAGGACGUGCCCCUCCCUGAGUACCUCCCCAGCACCAAGCGUCCCAAGCUGGGGUCCUGUAAGAGCAAGGCCCCAGAGGAGACCUACAGCAGAGAACAAAUGGUGAAUGAAGUGGUGAAGAACAAACGCAGUAUUGAAGACUUCUGUGACGUCUGUGUCUGUGACGUCUGUGUCUGUGACGUGUCUGAGACGUCUGUGUCUGAGACGUCUGUGUCUGAGACGUCUGUGUCUGAGACGUCUGUGUCUGUGACUUCUGUGUCUGUGACGUCUGUGUCUGUGACGUCUGUGUCUGAGACGUCUGUGUCUGAGACGUCUGUCUGUCUGUGUCUGUGA